CUCACAUGUCCCCCAUCUUGCUUGACGCCAUAUUGGAAUUUUUGUCCCAAAAAGUGGUUUUAUUUUGAGUCGUGUUUAUAGUCAUGCUUCGUUCAACGCUCAGUCGUUUAGCUCCUGCAGUGCGCCAGAUAAGGCCUGUUUUAUGCUCCUCUGCAAGGUUUAUGUCUGACAAACCAGUAGAAUCUGCAGAGGCAUUUGAUGCCAGAUGGGAGGCUUAUUUUAACAGGGAAGAUAUUGAUGACUGGGAACUCCGCAAAGGUGUGAAUGAGUUAUACGGCCAUGAUCUUGUGCCGGAACCAAGAAUUGUAAAUGCAAUGUUAAGGGCGUGCCGACGCCAAGAUGAUUUUGGUAUGGCAAUCAGAGUGUUGGAAAUGGUCAAGCUGAAGUCUCGAGAUAGUGGUGAUAAUGAAAUAUAUAACUAUAUCAUUCAAAACUGUAAGCCAGUUAUGGAGGAACUGGGUAUUGAAACUGUUGAGGAUCUUGGGCUUGCUUAGAGUUAGACAAACUUUUCUAUCAGAUUUUGCAUUUAAUGUCAAGUCAAGAAUUGCAGAUGGAUGGUUAAUUUGUUCUUUCUUUUAAUUUCUGUCAGUUUUGACUGUUGUAUUACUUUGUCAGAAUUAUAUUGUAC